AUAAACUUUUGUGGCAGAAAUAUCUGUGUAGCUUCAAAUGUUGGUUUUCGAUAUAUUUAUAUUCUAUACAUACGAUUGGUUUAAUUCCUCUCCAACUCUGCACUGGAUUUAAUAAGUGAUUUUCGCUAUCUGUUGAAGUAGAACAGAUGAAGGGUGGUCCGGCAGAGCUCUUUGACAGUUUUAGGAAAGUUGUUCUACCAAUCUUAACAUUAGUUCUCCUAGUCAAGAUCACAUUCUCUUCAUAUAAUUUUCCCACUGAUUAUUUGUUGCAGAAUCUUGAAUCAAGUCUCAAUGGAUCAAAAUUUACUAGCAUGAAUGGUUCAGAAAAAGCAGGGAUAAAGCAGCAAACAUGUAACAUCUUUGUGGGAAAAUGGGUACCAUAUCCAAAGGGACCAUACUAUACAAAUGAGACGAACUGUGCCAUCGAUGACCGACAGAAUUGCAUGAAAUUUGGAAGACCGGAUAGUGAUUUCAUACAUUGGAGAUGGAAGCCAGAUGAUUGUGAGCUUCCACUUUUUGAUGCUAUUCAAUUUCUGGAACUUGUGCGUGGCAAGACUUUGGCUUUUGUUGGAGACUCCCUAGCAAGAAACCAAAUGCAGUCACUGGUGUGCAUUCUAGCUAGUGCAGUCAUUCCCGUCGAUGUAUCAGUAACUAAGGACACAAGAUUCAGGCGAUGGUUGUAUAAAGAUUACAACUUCACAAUCAUAGCCUUAUGGUCUCCAGAGUUGAUCAAAUCCUAUGAAUCUAAUCCUAAUGGCGAUCCUUAUUACAGUCUCAGGAAUCUGUAUCUGGACAAAGCCGACGAUGUCUGGGCAAGUGAGGUUGAAAAAGCGAAUAUUAUCAUAAUCAAUGGAGGCCAAUGGUUCUUUAGGCCAUUUUUGUACUACGAAAACGAUAAGCUCAUUGGUUGUCACAAAUGCAAUGACAAAAAUGUUACAGAACUUAGCCCUUAUUAUGGAUACAGAAUGGCGUUUCGUACAGCUUUCAAGACCCUUUUAAGCCUCAAGAAAUUAAAGGGUAGGUUGGUAAUGUUAAGGCCAUUUUCUCCAGCACAUUUUGAGAAUGGAGAAUGGAAUAAAGGAGGGAAUUGCAAUAGAACAAGACCUUUUAAAACCAAAGAAAUUAAGUUGGAGGGAUAUACAAAGGAGAUGUAUUUGACUCAAUUGGAGGAAUUUAAGGCAGCACAAAAGGAAGGUAGAAAAAGGGGUGUCAAGUUCAGAUUGCUAGAUACAACCGAAGCCAUGGUAAUGAGACCAGAUGGGCAUCCUGAUCAUUAUGGACAUUGGCCAAAUGAAAAGAAACUACCUGAUUGUGUGCAUUGGUGUAUGCCAGGCCCUGUUGAUACUUGGAAUGAGCUUUUGCAAGCCACUUUGAAGAAGGAAGCAUAUUGAUUUAUCCAGAGAUAGAAACAGAAUUAUGCUUAGGAAGAUAAAUAAUUAGUUGCAGUACUCUUAAAAUCAGCCAUUAAUGUUUUUGUGUUAA